AUCGGCAAAAUUCUCUCUACCUCUUUCUUGGAAGCAGAUUGAAACUCUUUAGAAUUCUCUACUCGAGCAACUUAAAAUUGAUUGUGUGGUUAAUUUUGGUUCAUUAGAACGUGAUUGGAAACAAAAAAAACAAACCUUGUAAAUAUAAAUAACAACAACUAACUAGAUUUUGAAAAUGGUGUGGGGAUUAGGAUGGCUUUUGGGAAAUGGAAAGGAAAAGAAGGAAGUGAAGGCAGAUACUCACGAACCAGAACACAAUAAGAGUAUUAAUAAUAUUCAUGAAACUAUCGGAACACUGGAAAAGAGAGAAAUGGCACUUUUAAAAAAGAGUGAGGAAGAAGAAGCAAAGGCUAGAAAAUUCCUCCAAGAAAAUAAUAGAACGGCAGCUGCUAAUUGUAUCAAGAAAAAGAAACAAUAUCAAACUCAAAUUCAACGAUUACAAGGACAAAAACAAAAUUUAGAAACAACUUUACUGACCCUUGAAGAUUCUGUGACAAAUGUAGAGACACUCAAGGCUCAAAAGCAAGCCUCAGAUGCAAUUAAGAAAGUUUAUAAUGGUAUGAAGACAGAAGAUAUUGAGGAUAUUAUGGAUGAUAUUAGAGAUACUAUGGAUGAUGUGAAUCAAAUUGGAGAUGCUCUAGCUCAAAAUGUAGGUCCUGUAUUUGAUGAAGGAGAAUUAUUAGACGAAUUGGAACAAUUAGAAAGUGAUGCUCACGAGGAAGAAAUGGCCAAGAUUAAAUUACCAAAAGAAAAGGUUACCAAAGACAAGGAUACUACACUGCCUGUUGCAUCCAAGAAACAAGUUGAUCCUGAAGAGGCUGAACUGGAAAAGGAAUUGGAAGCACUUAUGAAUUGAUUGUAAAUACUAAAUUCUCAUUUAUCAUUAU